CUUUUUCAGGUCAUGAACUUCAGUUGCUCCUUGUGGCAGGACAACAGCAUUUCUGUCAAACACUUUGCAUUUGCCAAAUUCUCUGAGGUCCCCAAACAGUGUUUCCUCUUGUUUACUCUCAUCCUAUUCAUGUUCUUAGCAUCACUGGCAGGCAAUGCCCUCAUAGCCUUUACCAUCUGGACCAACACAGUUCUCCACACACCCAUGUACUUCUUCCUGGCCAACUUGUCUCUCUUGGAGAUUGGCUACACUUGCUCUGUCAUACCCAAGAUGCUUCAGAGCCUUGUGACAGAGACCCGAGGAAUCUCUCGGGAAGGCUGUGCUACACAGAUGUUUUUCUUUACAUUUUUUGCUAUCAGUGAGUGCUGCCUUUUGGCAGCCAUGGCUUUUGACCGCUAUAUAGCUAUAUGCUCCCCACUUCACUAUGCAACACGAAUGAAUCGUGGGAUGUGUGCCCAUUUGGCACUGGUGUCUUGGGGAGUGGGAUGUAUGGUAGGCUUGGGCCAGACCAACUAUAUUUUCUCCUUGGACUUCUGUGGCCCCUGUGAAAUAAAACACUUCUUCUGUGACCUCCCUCCUAUCUUGGCACUUGCAUGUGGAGAUACAUCCCAUAAUGAAGCUGCAGUUUUUGUAGUGGCCAUCCUUUGCAUUUCCAGCCCCUUUUUGCUAAUCAUUGUUUCCUAUGGGAAAAUUCUAGCUUCUGUGCUGGUCAUGUCCUCACCUGAGGGCCGCCACAAAGCUCUUUCCACCUGUUCUUCCCACCUGCUUGUAGUCACUCUCUUCUAUGGCUCAGGGUCUGUCACUUACUUGAGGCCCAAAGCCAGCCAUUCAUCAGGAACUGACAAACUCCUAGCCCUCUUCUAUACAGUGGUGACAUCUAUGCUCAACCCCAUAAUCUAUAGUUUACGGAACAAGGAAGUCAAGGCAGCUCUCCAGAGAACUCUGGGCAGGAAGAAAGUCUUGACUCCUGGGUAG